CUACCUGGUAAGGUAAGUCGCUGACGUCAUGACGCGCUUCCAAUGAGACGUGAGGAAUGAGGAAGACAACACAAAGAAGUAACUUUCUUAAAUGACGCUGUCCGAGCGCAGUAACUUGACUUCUCCAUGAAUAUGUGGCGCUCGGUGGAGAGCUGGUGCGCGCUCUGGAUCCACCGGCACCAGUCCACCAUCAACUUCGUGCUGCUGGUCGUGGCGUACAUCCUCUACCUGCUGAUCGGCGCCGGGAUCUUCUCUGCCGUCGAGCUGCCCUACGAAAAAGAGCUUCGAGAGGAGCUGAAGGCCAUCCGCCGGGACUUCCUCAAUAACCACACCUGCGUGUCCGACGCGCACCUGGACAAACUCCUGGCUCGCGCGCUGGAAGCCAGUAAUUAUGGAGUGUCCGUCCUUGGAAACGACACCGACCACAACUGGGGCUUUGUGUCUUCCUUGUUUUUCGCCAGCACCGUCCUGACCACCACAGGUUAUGGCCACACUGUUCCUCUCUCCGAUGAAGGGAAGGGUUUCUGCAUCUUCUACUCGCUCUUAGGGAUUCCCGUCACGCUCUUCUUCCUCUCCACCUGUGUGGAGAGACUUGUCAUGCUCCUGAGUCGACGCCCCGUCUCCUACUUCCAUCGGCGGUGGGCCAUGUCAAAGCCCAGGCUGGCUCUCCUCCACGCCACCGCUUUGGCAAUCAUCAUGGCGGUCAUUUUCCUCAUCAUCCCUUCGUGGAUUUUUCUCCACCUGGAGAAAAACUGGAACUUCCUCGAGUCGCUUUAUUUUUGUUUCAUCUCGCUGACGACUAUCGGCCUGGGGGAUUACGUUCCGGGGGAAACGCACAGCAAAGGGGCCAGUCCCCACCCACAACUGUACCGGCUGGCCAUCACAGUCUACUUGCUGCUGGGCCUGGUGUGCGUCCUGGUGGUGAUGGAGACGUUCUGCGAGCUUCCUCAGCUGAGACGCUUCAGGCAGAAGUUUUACCGGGAAAAUGUCCGAGACCUGGACUCUGAGACCACCAACAUCAUUGACCGCGAUCACAUGAGCGAGCAGCUGGCAGAGACUGCGGAUCACAUGUCACCGUCGGAUCCACAAACGGUCAUCACGUCCGUGUCCGAACAGGCGGAAACUAUGCGUCACAACGGCACCUCAAUCCCUUACAUCCCACCUUCAGCAUCAGCUGUGAACUGAGAGCUGACAUCAGCUCAGCCUAUAGGGGGAGUCUCUAGUACCUUUUAUUUUAAAGGAAUUGAUUUAUGAACUUCUCCGUCAGGCUUUGUUGCUCAGGAUGCACCACGUCUCUAAAUGUUAAGACCGUGUACUUAAGGGGAAGAAUUGAAUUGUUUAAAAAGCGAUUGCUCUCUGCCAACAGCAACACAGACAUGCGGUGUGAAAGCAGGAACCACCCACAAAUGAUCUGAGUGGCAUUGUUUUCCCUGCCGCUCUGCAGAUAUGGAUCUGACAGAAAGGAAGGGCCGGGCCCUCAAAAACGGAGGGAAGUUUCCAUUUCCUGACCCAGUCUUGGAGCUGAAACAGCUUGAACUUAUCUCUUUGCACAUAUCUAUAGCGGUAUUUGCAUCAGAAAUUUGCAUUCGAGGGAGAAAAUAAGUAGUGCUAACCCAUGAAGUGAAACAUUUUUUAUUGCAGAUAAUAUAUUUAUAUUUAAAAAGAAAAAAAACUUUGGGAGGUGUUACAUGUUUCUUGGUUUUCUUCAGGUCAUGAUGGGCUGAGUUGUUCAUGUCAUGUAGAAACUUCCCUCCAUUACCACUAGAGGGAGGUAUUUUCAUGUUACAAGUUGAGGCUUUGUUUUUGACAGUGUUACUGAUACUAUUCUAUGUAUAUUUUGUUGUUUAAUGUAUAGAUAUUGUAUUGUUGUCUACUUAUGUCAUUAAUAUUGACUGUCUUUAUUUUCAUUUCUGAAACAGAUGUUACAAAUGUUUAUAUCUAAAGACUAUAAAUGGGCUUCCAAAGGUU